AUGGAUGAGAUAUGGCUUUUCGUCGGUUAUUAUCAGUGGAGGGGAAAAAUAUCGUAUGAUGUCAAGCGAAUCUUAGAAAGUUUGACAGAGGAAAAUACCGAUAGCUCUAACCUAAGGAAUGGAAAUGUAACUGAAGUUCCCGAUGCAAAGAAGGAGAAAAAAGAAAACCACAUGCCCGCUUUUCCAUAUAGAUAUAGAAAUUUUCAAAGAAUUGCACUUGCUUCAGGUGAGCAUUUUGUACCCAAGGCAAGUGCUUUCAAAGAUGAAGGGAAAAAAGCAUCCCAAUUCAGUACGGAUACCAUAGAUGGUGGUGAAGACGGAUUGGAAUUAUUGCAAGAACUAGGAUUAGUGGAAAACGAUGCCACUUCCAUUUCAGCUGAAAAAACGAGGCAAAUUAUUAUGGAGGAUCGCGGAACAAGUUCGAUUGCAGUCAAAAUUAUUAGCGAUAACAAAAAUAAAAAAGGUGCGACUAAUUUGGUUCAUGUUAAUUCUUUUUCUUCAUCUCGGUAUUCAUCCCCGCAAAUUGAGCGUGAACAAGAUAAAAUUGCAAGGGCUGAUGAAGGAACUAUUAAUACCAACUAA